UGAAGCUGAUGGCGUGUGUCCAGCAGCAUGACUGGGUGUGUGUGGACAGGAGUAACAGGAAGCGGUUCUUCUCAUCUUGCAAACGAAACGUUAACAGCUCAGACCAAACCCACAACAGCCAGCUACUUAAUGCGCGUCCCGCCGUGCUCAAUGCUAAGCGGGUCUUUAUGCACGAUCUGCAGGCAUGGCUGACCGGAACUCCUUCAUCCUCGCCGUGGUGCUGCUGAUUCUGGCGAUAGUCGGGAUUGUGCUUGUGGUCCUUCCAACUGAAGAGAUGAAACAGCCUCCUCAAAACAUGUAUGGAAUCGUUCUGGAUGCAGGCUCCUCCCACACCUCCGUGUACAUUUACAAAUGGCCGGCUGACAAGCAGAAUGGCACGGGUAUCGUUACCCAGCAUGACGAGUGUCACGUGAAAGGUGGAGGGAUAUCUAGAUAUGCAGGCAUUCGUGAUGGAGCAGCAAAGAGUCUCGAGGCCUGCAUGGAACAAGCUGUGAAGGUCAUCCCCAAAUCCAGGCACCACCAAACUCCGCUCUGCCUGGGAGCUACUGCAGGCAUGAGGCUCCUGAACGAAGUCAAUGCCGCUGAGUCCCAGCGGAUACUGAAGGAAGUGGAGAACAAACUGAGAUCCUACCCUUUCCAGUUCAAAGAGGCAGUCAUCCUGAGCGGGCAGGCAGAGGGCACGUAUGGAUGGGUCACGGUCAACUACUUACUUGAAAACUUUGUCAAGUGUGGUUUUGUGGGACAAUGGCUAAAUCCAGGCAGAGAGACAAUUGGAGCUUUGGAUUUGGGUGGAGCCUCCACUCAGAUUACCUUUGAGACCUCUGAAGAGGUGGAGAAUGAGAGCAACUUGAUGGAGCUGAAGCUUUAUGGACAAAUCUACAGAAUAUACACUCAGAGCUUCCUGUGCUACGGCCAAGACCAGUUUCUGAGGAAACUGCUGGCUCAUCUUAUCAAGACUCAAGGUGUAAAGUCUCAGGUGAUCCACCCCUGCUAUCCACGGAACUUCAGCGUGUCUGUUACGCUGGGACAGGAUGUCUUUGAUUCUGUGUGUACUAAGGACUACAGACCAGCCCAGCUUGACCCUCAUAUGACUGUAACAGUGGUGGGCACAGGAGAUUACAGAAGCUGCCUGGACAGUGUAAGGCAGAUGUUCUCGUUUGGUAGCUGCCCGUACUCCAAGUGCUCCUUUGAUGCAGUCUUCCAGCCCAGCCUGAGAGGAAGCUUCAUGGCUUUCUCUGCUUUCUACUUCACUCACAGCUACAUAACCCUCCUCACCAGCAAAACCAUCACAUCCCCUUAUGAAAUGGAGAAAGCAAUCCAGCUCAUCUGCAACAUGACCAUUGCUGAGAUGAUGGAAAAGACAAAGCAGUCAGAGAGAUACAUGAAGAAUGUCUGUGCCGUCUCCAAUUUUGUCCAGGUCCUCCUAAUGCAAGGCUACCAUUUUGAUGAGGUUUCCCUUCCUUCCAUUUCGUUUCGGAAAACGGCAGGAGGAGCGUCUGUGGGCUGGGCUCUGGGAUACAUGCUGAGUCUGACCAAUUUAGUGCCGGCAGAGAGUCUGGGACUGAUGAAGGCUUUGCCUUCAGGACCCUGGGCUGGCAUCCUCUUCCUCUUCAUCGCCCUUCUAUUCAUCGGGCUGGGACACCUACUGAUGAUCUACAGAAACAAAAGAACUCAAGAAGACAUGGUGUAAGAGCGAUGGUGACACAUGUUCUGGCCAGUUCAUAUUUUUAAAGCAUACUCAUCUAAAACUCUCAACAAUUUACGAGACCAUUUUAACAUUCUUUUUUAAAACAUUUUGUAUUUCAGUUUAUGUGACUGUGUUUAGGUGAAAUCAUAGCAAAACAUGUCCUGUGCAGUUUUCUUUGCAAAUUCCCAACUCUUCAGCCUGUUCAAUAAAAUGAAAGAAAAGCCAUA